UAUGGUCUGGCCCUCUCGAUGGCGCUGGCGGUUGCCUGCCCUGUUCCUUCCACCUCCUUCGCCAGCAAGGAAGCGACGGCCCGACGGCAGCGCUCCUCUCACCCGCCUAGCUUGCUGCGCCCAAACGAGAUGCGCCUUGCCGACUGCGGAUGCUGCUGCUGUGCUGCCGCCGGGCGGUGUUGAUUGCUCGCCGAGCAUCAGGCAAAGUGCAGCGCCACACAAAGUGGCCCGGAAACAAGCAUCGCAAGCUCUCCGUGCGUGCAAGUGGUGUGCUUCAUCUUGCUGCUGCGUCUGCUGCGUCCGCAGCCGGCUCUCUGCGUGCUGCGGCUCUCCCUCUCGCGUCUCCUAGGCCCCUCCGCUGCGCUUGCUGCUUCUUGCUCGGAUGCACCCGGCCCCGCUCCUCGCACGGACUUCUCCUCGCGCGGCGCUUCGUCUUGCUCCUCGGCGCGGCGGCGCCGCUUAUGCGCCCGCACGGCAGCGGCAGCCGCUCAGAGCGGCGCCGUGUGUUGAUCUGUGAUCUUGCUUCUUGGCACCUCGGCCCGAUUCAGCACCAAGCCCGCAGCUGCUGAUGCGGCGCUGGGGCUGCGCAGCAAGACACCGCGCAACGGCGGAAGCUAUCGCAGGCGCAGCGCCGCCGCGUAACCCCUUGACAGACGCACCAGAAGCACGCGAGACGAGAGGAGGCCAUGCCGCCAUCGCGCGUGCUGCGCUUCCCCUCUGAAGGGCCCAAAGCAUUUGCCUCUUGCUACGGUCACAGCUGCCCUCGCAGGUCGAGCGAGAGGAGUGCUUUGCUCGUAUGAUGGCGAGUCGCCGAUUCACCGCAGCAGCGAGCGUGAU